AGCUGACGUCGGGGAAAUAAUAUCGCCUUGUAGCAGUUUUCCCCACAGAAUGGAAGUUGUCGGGGCGGAGAUACGGGCUAAGCUUGCUUGACCUGCUAGGAUAUUUAGGUCGGUUCACCUUUUUUAUAUUUUAUAAUUUUUAUUUUUUGUCUUUACCGAGCUUAAGUCCACAUUAACAACGACGCCUGUGUACUGGUGUGCUUAUUGUGUAGCAUCCCCGCAUGGAGGAUGAGGAGGAUGAUGUGUUUGAGCCAGACCUCCACUGCUGGCGCACCACAUUCAAGGAGAUAAAGUGUGAGGAGCGGGCUACACAGACACUUGGCCCUGUCCUGGCAUCGAACAACGGCAUGCUGCCCUGUGGAGUCGCAAAGGAGCCGAGACCACUCUUCUACGGUAACGCAGGUUUUCGAUUGCACUUCCCGGCCCACUUUGAGCUUGUUGGGGAUCAGGAGGUGAGACGGCGAGAAAGCGAAGACGGAAUGGAGCAGCAACACCAGCAGCAGCAGCAGCCCAUGGCACGCAACAUAGAGGCCUGCAUCGGUCAGAAACUCCGGCUGAUUGGAGACCAGUUUCAUCGGGAACACUUAGAGCUGUAUCAUCGAAACCAAAGGAAUCGGGCGCUGCUGUGGUGGCGUCUGGCCAGAGCCAUGUUCGGCCUGAUGUUUGACAGGGGCUUCUUGGCCAGACGAGGUAGAGCAAGACGGAGUGGCACAGUUGAAGUGUGGAAGGGGUUCAAAAGGUCUCCGCGGGACGGGGACUACCAACUUUUAUACAGGGUUUUUUCUUUUUAAGAAGAUGCCAUGAUGCCCAGAGAUUUCUUUACAGGACAAUGUUCAUAUUUUGCUAUAAGUGUGGUGUAGUAGUUUUGUACAGUACAUUAGUUAAUUUUUUUUUUUUUGCACUUCACAUUGUAUCCACUUUUAAUGACCUCCACAGACCCUGGGAAUGCCUUAUUCAAUAUUUUCUGCCAUAAAGAGUAUUGAGAGAAUUUUGUAAGAUGGUUAGAAAACUAAAGGAAAUGUGGUGUGUUUUUUUGUUUUUUUUUCAAACCUUUGUGAAGUUUUUCCAGGUAACCACUCAAGUUGAUUUAUAAUUUCCAAAGAGGCAACAUCUCAGAAAAAAAAAACAUUUUGCACCUCACUGAAUGGUUACAUUUAUCUUCCUAAUAUGUUUUUAGCUUGUCAUUUUCCUCUCUUACUCAUUUGUUUGCUGUAAUAUGAUAUUUGGUUUUGCAGACGGUUUCUCUAAAUGACAAGACAAAUAUUUAGUUUAACUGCAUACAUGCUCCAUGUCGAUAUCUCAUGAGGUAUCAAGGGCGAAGUUUGCAGAACUGAAUGUUGCUCACUCUUCAAACAAACCUCUAAAGACAACUAUUCAGACUGCAAGGAAUAAGAAUUAUGACUUAACGAGUCUAUCAAGAUUCUAACACUGUAUGGAUAAAAGUAUUGCCACAUAGUAUUUUUCUGGUUUAAUUAAUGAAGGAGUCUGCCGAGGCUUCUUAGAUUUUUUUUUCUCUUCAUCUUAUCAAGACAUUAUUAGAUAAUUCAAUGCAGUUUCAACCCAAAAUUUGGGGAGGCCCUUUUCAGUUUCUGCAGAACUUUGGGAUGCACUAGAAGAGACUAAUUAUCAACCAUCAGCAACCUCUGACCUCCUAGACACAGUCUAAAAUCUUGUAGAAAUUCUUCCUAGAAAAAAACUCACUUCUUCCUUUUUCACGUUCCUGUAGGUGUAGGCCAUCUGUCCCAAUACUUUUGUCCAUAAAGUGUGUCGAAGGCAUCUGCUAUAAUACUGUCCAAUGACAGACACGACAUUUAUUAGUGCUCUAAUUUGUUACAAAGAACAUUUUCAGAAAGUGCACUAAAUGACAACUUUAGUCAAGCCAAUUGUGUAUUCAGCGAGAGCAUCAGAUACUCUUCCAUCCUAUGUUUUUUGCUUUGUUCGGUUGUUCCGUGUCAUUUGCAGACCUCCAUGCCCUUGAAGUGGAGCUGUGGAUCCACUGUUUUUGCACUAGCACACCCUUUACGACUUCCGCUUCUUGCCUAACCAACCCCUGUCUUAUAUGAAGGUUUUCACUUAGUUUUUUGACACAAUGUCCCAUUUUCCAAUCAGUGUUGAGACCUGGCUGGUCACAGUCUGGGAUCUGGACUGGAAAGAAAUUGGCCCUGGUCCUGCCUGGCCACUGCUUUGUGUGUCGUUUUUCACACCAAACAGUCCAAUGGUGAAACAGAAUCCUCUCAGGCAAUUCUAAUGGGAUUUACACCCGCUUUGUAUUCUGAGGGGUGACUCUUGUAUUGUCUUUGAUGCUCAGAUCCAGAUGUGAGGCGAUUUUAUUCCACACCACCACCAUUGACUAUGGCGAACUAAAGACUGUAGUUAGUUACUAUUGUUAACUAUGUUUUGAAGACACUGUUGAAGAUUUGUGUUAUUAUUUUCCAUUGAUGAACACAGGCCAACCUUUGGACCCAUGGAGCAUUUACGUAUCAGGGGUCUGUAAUUACUUGCUCCUAACAAUGUGUCAAGUUGAUCACUGCAUCAUUAUUAGAUUUUUUCCUCUUGUAAUCAACAUAUCUCAGGGACAAGGCUUUGUGGGCCACUGGUGACCUUGAGAAUCACUUACAUGGUCAGAGGAAGAGCAGUGUUGCCACCCAUGACGAAACCUCGUCUCUUAUGUCUUUUUUUUUUUUCCAUCCCAAUUUGUUCACACAACCACCAAGGAGUUUUGACCAAGGAGUCGGAGGCUGACUGACCGUCAGUAGAUGGUGACGGGGGCUACUGAGUGUGUAGUUUGGAGGCGUGUGACGUGCACUGAAUGUGGUUGUAGUUUCCUGCAAAUCCUCAAUGCUGAGCCAGUCCGUGUAGCCCCGUCCCACCACGGGCUCUUCAAGUCCUUGUUGUACUGCUCCUUUAAGACACACCUAUUACUCAUUAAUGUAAUUUAUUUGUUCUUAUUAUUUAUUUUCUUUUCUUUUUUUUGUAUAUUUGCCCAGUUCUACUGUAUACACUUGCGUGUGCGAUCACUUCUUGUUUUCCUCGUGAGCCUUUCACUAAUUUUAAGUGGUGAUAGUUGUUAGUCCGUCAUGAAGAGCAGAAGUUUAGUAUAAAAUUAGCUUUGUACAAAAUGAACUUUAUUGGCGGCAAGUAUAUAUAAUCCACGCCCCAAGUCACUGUUUCCAUAGCAACUUUAAAAGCAGCAUUGGACCUUGGUUGAAGUUGAUUACGUUGUACAACUUGCCUUUCAUUCUUUCAACUUCGAUAUCUCCUUAUCUGUUGCCUUCUUAAUGAGAGCAGCUACUGCUCUUCUUUAGGACAACAGCUACAAACCUCAUCCAAUCCUCUUUCAAUACAAGAGAGCCUGUUUGAUACUCGAAAAAUAGAUCCAGGGUGGAGUAUUAAAGGUUGUGAUUUUCUAGGGAUGGGCCUGACCAGUUCAAACAUUUUUCAUUACUGCUCAAUUCAGUCUUGAGCAGAUUCUCCAUGUGUGGUUUAAGAAAAGCAGCAGCUUCCAUCUAGUUAUUAAUUUGUAUAAUAAUUAUAACGGCAAAUGUCUUUGCCCUUCGAAUUAAUGAAAGGUCAUCCAGCACUAAUGAUACAUCAGAGAAGGAGAAAGCUUCAAAAGAGUUACAUUCAUGUUCCUUUAAGUCACAGGGUGUUGGUUUAUUUGUUCAAGUCCCGAAAUCUUGAUAAAUGUUUUGUAAUCAACAUGCACUGGAAAGUACUUUGUUUCUGUAGAUCCAAUGGGUCCCUUAUGUGUUGUGUGUUCAUAUAUGAUGUACAGUAUACUUUGGAUUGUUCAUGUUGUGUCACAUCAGCUGUAUAUCUGUGCAUUAGCCAAGGUGGCUUACACGUUUGAUUUAUUGGAAAGGGAAACAAUCUGCCAUGGUGCAUGUGUUUUGUUACAAUUACGUUCCCACGCUGCGCUCUUUGUAUUGUGUACGCAUCCAAGAGUGGAGCAUCCCUCGUGUGUGGGGGGCAUUGUAUUUUAUGGAAACCGUCAGUGUCUUUGAAUUUUGUAGUCCACUUUAUAUAAAUUUGAAGUUUUUGAGGAAGUUUUUGAUUUUUUAUGAUAAGAUUCCUUCUUCACGUUCUUUCUUAACUUUUUAAAAUGUAUUUUCUUAACAGAAAAUUGUCUGUUUUUAUAAGGACCUGAUUUGAUUUUUAAAGAGUAGGAUCCUUGCGACUCCAUGAUAUCAAGGGCCUUUUUUUUUUUUUUUUUUUUUUAACAUUCCGUGCAUGGCUCUUCGCAGCGUGUAAAGCAAACCAAAACAAUUUACUGUUGUUAAAUUGUUCCGUUGCCCUUCUUAACAGACCAGAUCAAGUGUACAUGUAUUUGUAAAACCCUGGAAUAUGCCUUUAACUGCUCAGUUUCAAAUGAAGUCUUGAUUAUCACACACUCUCUGUAUACCAAGAAAGGAGACCCAGCGAAAAUGUAGCAUUUUUUGUAAACAUUGACUGUGUGUUUUCGAGACUCUACUGUGCACUCAUUUUGUGUUUAUAUAUGUAUUUUUGGGUUUUUCAUAUAUUAUGGAAGUAAAGAAAAUGUGUUAUGUAGUGCAAUAUGCUGUACAUAUGGAGCUUUGCUCUACAAAUCUUUUUCCUGGAUUUCCUGUUGUUUAU